AUGCAUCGGCUCGCGCCGCUGCUCGCGGCCGCCGUGGCGGCCCGGCGGCCGGUGGCGGAGCGCCUCUUCGUGGCCGUCGAGGUCGAGGCCGCGGCGCUUGAGGCCUGCGCGGGCGGCGGCUGCCGCGCGGCCGGAUUAGUGGAGGCGCAGUGCGAUACCUGGGUGCGGGGCCUCAAAGCGGUGGCCUUCUUCGGCGACGAGCGAGACGCGGCGCUGCCCGCGGCCUGCGCCGGCCGGGCGUAUCGGCCGUGCGCCGAGGCGAACUUGGGGGGGGACCUCUCGUCCGCGCAGCUCAAGCGCGAGCACCUCCACCUGCAGCUGCUCGGCGCGGCGCCCGCCGACGCCGACUGGUUCGUCACCACGGAGCAGGACGUCUGGUGGCACGCGGCGCGGCUCCACGCGUACCUCGAGGCCAUCGAACACAAGUUCCCGGACGCGCACGCGGCGCCCUUCUUCGCCGGCGGCUACGAGGGCCCCUUCCUGGUCAUGAACCGGCGCUUCGUCGAGGCGGUCGUGGGCAACGCGACCUUCGUGGACCGGUGCCGCGCGGCGCUCCUCGAGUUCCUGGCGCAGCCCCACGUCCACCCUCACAAGGGCGACAAGGGCGACACGGGGGGUAAGCGGCGCCUCGGCGGUCGCGCGAAAUGCCACCGCGCCGACGGCUCGUCCUGCGCGGCCGAGGCCCCCUACAACAACGACCUGCUCGUGCGCUGGUGCGCGCAGCGCUCCGGCGCGCGCGACGCCAACCCGGAGUGCCCGCGCAAGUGCCGCCAGGCCUUCGCGGCCCUCGAGCUGCCCUGCGCACCCGGCGCGGGCGGCGCCCUCGCGCUCUACAACAACGGCCACCACGGCGCGGCGCCCUACCCGGCGUCGGACUACGCCGGGCCCCUGCCGGGAAACCUCCUCGCGUUCCACCGCGUCGACGCGCGCGGCGCGCGCGCGCUCGAGAACCGGAGCCGCGCGGCCGCGCCCGGGCCGGCGCCCGCGGCCGCGUGCCGCGUCUACCGGCCCUGAGCGCCGCGGCCCCGGGGUGCCUAUGAAUGCGUUGAUGUGUAAAAAAAAAAAAAAAGGGUCGGACCGCGGCGUCGCGACUGCCGCUGUAUCCAAGCGUUUCGCGGAGACGGUCGGCGGCGUCGCGGUGCCGUCCGCGACAUCGAUAACAGUAACAUCGGCGAGUUCCGUCGGCGACGACUCGGCCAGGGAGUCGCGCCGCGUAGGCUAGCGGUCUGUAAGACACUAGGGAUGGCAAGCAAUUUUUUGUGGCACAGAAUGCCUCACAGAGUGCUUGACCAGGCUGCCCUUGUGCGUCACCGCUCGACGUCUCAUCACUGGGCAGCGUUUGAAAACAAGCGAUUGCGGCGCCGUGCAAAAGCAGGCGCACUGCAUCGCGCAUAUUCGUAACGAUGCUGCGCCAUCAGUCAUGAUGAAGCGCUGGCUGCUCCUCGCCGCGCUGGCCGCGGCAGAGGACCUGGCCUUCGUCCGCGAGGGCUGCCGCAUCUCCAUCCAUGGUGCCAGAGCCAUUUUGAGAGACGGCGCCCGCGAGUGCGAUGUAUGGAACGCGCAAAGUAGUGGCCGCCGCUGCGCGAGCGACCGUGUACUCCUCUGCGAGGUGGGCUUCGCGGGCCAAGAAAAUGCCGCGGGGUCGACGCACGCGGCAUUAACAGUAGCGACGGACGCCGCCUACCUCGUGGCGCCAAUCCCGGGCGGCCUGCCGCGGUACAAGUACGUCGAGGCGAAGGCCGCCUGGGCCCGGGCCGCGGGCGUGGCCUACUACCUCGCCUUCGGGCGGGGCACCGCGAAGGCGAACGGCCCGCGCUGCGACGCCGGCGCCGGCGGCCAGACCCUGCACGCCCUCAAGGCCGCGGGCCUCGGCGUCGUCAUGCGCCGCACCGAGUACGAGUCGGUGACGGCGCUCGACGUCGACGCGGUGCCCGCCCUCGACGCCGCGCCCCCGGAGGCGUGGCUCGCGCUGGACGCCGCGAGCGACGUCUUCGGCGCCUCGAACGUCGGCAAGCCCGUCCUCGUGAACGGCGGCGUGCUGGUCCUGCGGAACACGGCCUGGGCGCGCGAGCUCGUCGGGGCGUGGUGGCGCAACCGCUGCGGCCCGGCGGACCAGUACGCGCUGUGGAAGUCGCUCGCCGAGCUCUGGCGCCGCGACCACCCGAAGUUCCGUCUCUCCGACGGCGUCUUCGCGAACUACGCGAGCGCGCGGGAGCGCUUCCUGCCCGAGGUCGCGCGGCGCAUCGCGGACGGCGCGCUCCCGGCCCGGGGCUGCGCCGCCGACGCCACCUGCGCGGCCCUCUUCAGCGCGUCGGGCUGCCUCGCGGCGCCGCUCGCGCUGCCCAAUUUGUACGUGACGCCCGUGGCCGGCCCGUUCCGCGCGGCCGACGGGUCCGCCGUCCGGCCCCUCCAGAAGGGCGACCACGCCUGGAUGUGCCACUUCGACCGCGUGUACGAAACGCUAAAGGAUUAUGACCUGCGCUUCGCGGCGCUCGAGGCCGCGGUCGGCGCGCGCGACGCGGCCCGCGUCCCCGCGCUCGUCGCCCGCGUUCUGGGAAAGGACGGGGGCGACCGCUUCGACGCGUCCUGCGCGCGCCCGGGCGACGCGCUCCGGCACGCGCUCUACCGCUUCAACGGCGUCGAGCCUGACCGGGGGCGCACGUGCGCGCUCGCUCUCAACGAGUCGCUGCAAUCCCAGUACGCGUACGCGCCCGCGGAUAACAUAAGAUACGCGGGACCGGGCGUGCUCGUCAAAUCCAAAUGCGGCACGGCGAAGCGCUACCUGCAGCCCGAGGAGGCCCGGAAGUGCGAGCUCAAGGCCGCGCGCCGGGCCGCGCGCCCGGCCAAGCUGCGGCGCGACGCCGAGACGGCGCACGCCUACAACGCGUCGACGCCGCCGACGACAAUACUCAAGUCGAACUGCACGCUCCAGCGCUUCCCGCCGAUCUACGCGAAUCGCGUGCAUUUUUUUUCGUUUGUCGCGGCGGACCUCUACCACCUGCUCGGGCAUGCGUUAAGGUACUACCGCCACCUCGGUUUGGAUCUGAAGAACCAGGGGCGUAUCUUUGUACACAACGCGAGCGGGCCAGUUGCUCUGGAGAAGACGCUGGUGUAUUUGAGGCGGUACGAGAUCCAGUACAAAGUCUCGAACGAGUGGUCCAGUCAGACGAAGCGCGAUGCGGCCAACCAGUUCCUCCUGAGCUUGCCGAACGACGCCUGGCUCGUCUACCCCGAUCUGGACGAGUUCUUCGCCUUUCCCUGCGAAGUGCUCGAGAUCAUGGACCAGGGAGGGCUGCUCAGUGGCCAGAUGGUCGACCGCGUCGCGUACGACUGGCACCUCAACAGUCUGAGACCACUACCUAGAGCAGCAAAGAUGAACAAUCGCUCAUCAAUCGACUACCAGUUUCCCCGCUCUUGUAGAUUGACGGGAGGCUUGCUCGAUACGAACGUCAACAAGUACACGCUCGUGCCGGCCGUCGACGCGGCGGGAAAGAGACUAAGGUACAUCAACGCCCACUCCGUCGCGUGCGGUACGCGUCGUAUGCUACGCCACGUCCACGCUCAGAAAGCGAUGAAUUGCGAGGGCGUGACGAUCUUCCGCGGACCCGCCGUCGCGCACUUCGGCUUCACGAAGAUCACGAUCCCCGUCCUAGAACGGAAGCUGGCCACGUACAAAGCUCUGGCGCGGACUUCCGGCGAACUCCGCCACCGCAACGCCGUCGAGCACUACCGCAAGCUCCGGGACUCGUUCGAGUACUGCCCUUUAACAAAGUCGUUCCAGUUCACUCGAAAAGCGCGGCGGCUUUUGAUGCGGAAGCGCUACUGCGACCCGCUUCCACCCCAUCUUGAACGGAACUACGCGCCGUCUCGAUUUUGUUUCGAGCCGACGAAGGCGCCGCGGCCCUCUUUACGAAAAUCGACGCCGCGGCCGCGGGCCCUCGUCGAGGACGACGACCCGCCCGACGACUAACGUUUUGUGUUUACUCU